AUGCUGCUUUUGUCGUUGCUGUCGGUGUUGCUGUUGGUGUUGUUGUUGGUGCUGCUGUUUGCGUUGCCAUUACUGUUGGCUGUUGUUGGCGCUGUCUUCGUCACCAUUGCUGUUGGAGUUUCUGUUGGUGUUGCCGUUGAUGUCAACGUUGCCGAUCCUGUCAGUGUGACUGUUGGUAUUACUGUUGCUGCUGCAGUCGACAUCGCUGUUGGUGUUGCUGGUACUGUCAUCCUUGCCACUGCUGUCUGGGUUGCAGUUGGUGUUGCUGGUGCUGUCAUCGUUACCACUUUUGUCGGUGUUGCUGUUGAAGUUGCAAUUGGUGUUGCGGUUGCAGUCGACAUUGCGUUUGGUAUUGCUGGUGCUGUCGUUGCUUCCACUGCUGUCGGUGUUGCUGUUGGUGUUGCCGUUGCUGUUAACAUUUCUGUUGGUGUUGCCGUUGAUGUCAUCGUUGCGGUUGCUGUCGGUGUUGCUGUUGAUGUUGCGAUUGCUGUUGCGGUUGCAGUCGACAUUGAGGUUGGUAUUGGUGGUGCUGUCAUUGUUGCCGUUGCUGUCGGUGUUGCUUUUGGUGUUGCCAUUGGUGUUGCUUUUGCAGUCGACAUCGCUGUUGGUGUUGCUGGUGCUGUCAUCGUUACCACUUUUGUCGGUGUUGCUGUUGAUGUUGCAAUUGGUGUUGCGGUUGCAUUCGACAUUGCUAUUGGUGUUGCUGGUGCUGUCAUCGUUCCCACUGCUGUCGGUGUUGCUGUUGGUGUUGCCGUCUGUGCUGAUGUUUGCAUUUCCAUUGCUGUUGGUGUUGCUAUUGGUUUUGCUGUUUGCGCUGUCACUGCUGCUAGUGUUGCCGUUGCUGUUACUGUUGGCGCUGCUGUUGCUAACGGUGUUGCAUUUGCCUUUGGAAGUGCUGCUACUUUUCUUGUCGGUGAUGUUGUUUGUGCUGAUGUUUCUAUAGUUACAUCGGAUUUGGGUGAAUCAGGAUGA